UGACUAUUCAUUUAGUCAACAUUUUUAUAGGAAUUAACAAAUUAAUUGAUAAACAAUGUCAUCCAUAUGUUUUAUAUGUGAAUUACCAAUUUUAUCGCAUCAAUCGUGGGAUACCUGGACUCAGCACCAGGCGUUGGGAUGUCAGCAGGAAUUAGGAAACAUUUACCACGAAGACUGUCUUAAUUGUUGCGUUUGUGUGGCCAGAGUUAAACAGGGUAAUGGAUCGGCCAAAAGACACGGAAAUAAGAUAUACUGUGCCCUACAUUACGGCGACAUAUGUGGUACCGCCGGUGGAGAGGACUUUAUGGGCAAACUUAGAGAUUUUAAGCGUCAAAGUCUAGGCUGUGCUGAGGCCCGAAGGAAAAGCAGCACAACCUUAUCAUUUCCAGUGCCCGUCCAGUCCUGUCCAGGUUCUCCAUAUUGUGCGGGAUUUCCACACGCUGUCAAACCUACUGCCGGUUAUUGGAUUGAGUGUAAAGGCGGGGGUCAAUCGGGUAAUGAUAAUAAAGAAAAUGAAAACGAAAUGGAAUUAGAUUUGAAAACGAGGAAAGAAAGCAUAACUUUAAUGACCGGAGAUAUCAAUCAUUCAUAUAAACCACAGCCGCCGACACCCACUGUUGAGGUUGUACUCACUCGACCACGACUUGAACGACAAGACACAAGUAAAUCAACAAAUGAUGACUACUUUAGUCAGGAUUCAUACAAUUUCUUACAAAUUGAAAGUCAAAGACCAAAAACUAAAGACGAUAUAGAAUUAUAUAGAAAGCCAUACACACCACACGUCACACCAAACAUUACCAUCACUAUAGUACAGCCGACAUCACCGCCUGCCAGUCCUCCAGUGCCAUCACCACCACCACCAUCCUCUCAGUCUAACACAAAUACACAACAAACCAAAGAGAGUGAUGAUCCUUACGAACUAAUCUCUUUUGAAGAAGAAAUCUUUGAGAAACACUAUUACGGACGCGAACACUGGAACUACUUUACUAAUGACGAGGCAUUAGGACCCGUCAUCCUUAGCCUUAAACAAGAAAGUUCCAACAGUCGCGACCAGUUUAGGAUAUUGUUGAGAACCAUAUCAUAUUCACUCCAUGGUUUAGUGCCCACAUCGGCCAUAUGUGCCGAUCGAUAUGACCGCGAGGCAGUGGUCAGAGCUUUAGGUAAUGAGUCGGGUCUUAAACCGCCUCUAGCUUUGGGUCAGUUGCCAUCAACGGCCGAUGAGUUACUUAAGUUGGAUCAGGUAUUCAUUAAAUCAGAAUUAAAAGUUGGAGUUAUUUACAUAAAAGCCAAUCAAGUGAAUAGUGAAGAGAGUAUACUCAGCAACAAAACUGAAUCACCGCUUUUCGCUGAGUUCUUGUCGAUACUCGGAGAUAGGAUUAGAUUAAAAGGAUUCGACAAAUAUAAGGGAGGACUCGAUACCGUUCACGACCUGACGGGAACAGAAUCGGUUUACACAGCAUUCAAAAACAUUGAGAUCAUGUUUCACGUGUCAACUAUGUUACCACACGAAGAAUCAGAUCCGCAAAAACUUCAAAAGAAAAGACAUAUCGGCAAUGAUAUUGUUUGUGUAGCGUUUCUCGAGGCAGACAGUGAGCCAUUUUGGCCGGGUUGUGUAAAAUCACAUUUUUUACACACAUUUAUAGUGGUUCGGACCAGUCCUAAGCCCUUACAAACGGGAGAAAUAAGAAAAUACUCGGUAUCUGUAGUCUGUAGGGAUGAAGUGUCGGCUUUUAAGCCAUACUUAUGGCAUGAAUCUGAAUUUGAAAAGGGCUCACAUUUCCGUGAGUGGUUGUUAACAAAGAUUAUUAACGGUGAGAGAGCCAGCUAUUCGGCCCCGAAAUUUGCACGAAUGCAGGACCGAACUCGGAGUCAAAUGCUUGAAGAUAUUGUAAAUAAUUUAGCCAAUCAUUUAGCAACGGGUCAGAUACCGAAGCCAUAUAGACGGGGCAGUUGGCGACCAAUAGGUCAUAUGAGACCAUCGAGUCCUCUGUUAGAUAGUGUUCGCGAUCUGUUUGAAGGUUACGACCAAAUAGCAAAAGAUUUUAAUAAUGCCUUCUAUGGUAACGCAAAGCUGUUAUGUGAUGUUGUAUUCAAUGUGAUGGGAUCUCCGGUCAACGGCGGACAUGAAAACCAAGUCCGACGUAUUUAUGCCGUCAGAGCUAUUUUGGCCAUAAGAAGCCGAGUCUUCCUUGAAAUGCUCUACGGUUUCGCACCGCCGCGCGGACAGACCAAUCCUGAAGGACAAGCAAUUACGCACAUGGGAUCAAUUGCAACAAACAAUAGUUCACAACAGACUACAAAUAACUCAGAGAACAAAAAGCUUAAGAAAAGAGACAGUAUUACAGAACAGGCCAAACAUGCCAUCAACCAAGUGUUGGUUCCGCCAAAGAUUAUUGCACCAAAUGAUAGGGACAAAGACAAGAAAAAAGAUAAAGAAAAUAGAAAAGCGUCUUCAGCAUCAACUAUGUCGACAUCACCCGCACAACUAAAGACACCCACAUAUCUGACAGUUCCCGGUGCAAGUGGUGGAGGUGUCUUCAAAACAUUCAAAACAUUUAUGUCUGGUUCAUGGAGUGGUUGGGGUAGUAAAGGAAGGAACGAGAGUAUGAAACGAUGGCAAAGUGAGUCGUUUUAUGCAAAGCUUGAAAGUACUGGAGUCGAAGUACCGGGUCUUUCGGUAUGCGCUGAUGUGGCAAAAAUCGAUAGGACUAAGUUAGCACAAAAUGAGUUCACAAUAAUUGAGUUCGACGGCGACACCUUUCAAUUGCUCAUUGAAUACCUACACUCGGGGUCGUGUCCUAUAACAUGUGACACCGUUCCCGGUCUCAUUUGUGCAGCUGAACACUUUGAUCUACCCGACCUAUUACAAGCGUGCUUUCAUCACACUAAGACACACCUCAAGCUGAAUGUCGUUCCUCGAAUGUUAAACCAAUUGGAAAACUAUUAUUGGAGAUAUACCAGUGCCAGCCAAUUGGUCAACACAAUACUCAAUUAUGUUGACCCGCGAGCUAACGCACUGUUCGCCCGUCAGGAGUACUUGCAAUUAAGUGAAUCAAUGUUACAGACAAUACUUACGCGACAAAACCUCAACUUAAGUGAGACAAAGAAGUUUCAGGUGAUGUUUCAGUGGUCGCUACACAAAGUCAAGACAGAUAGACCAGACAUCCAACGCAAUGAUAAAUUGCAAAAUAUGAAGAUUAAUGAAUUGCAAGCUAUUAUGAACCGAUUGACACGGGAUCUCAAACUGCAUAAAAUACCGCCACAGGAUCUCAUUAAGAUAGUACUGCCAUCGAAGACAAUCAGUCACGAGAGGAUAUUAGCGACACUUCUAUAUCAGGCGGACUCUGGUAUAUAUCGCAACUCCGAAUUCGGCAAUUGAUGUCUUUGUUGUCCAUAAAUAUAAGUCUGUUUGUUAUAUAUUGAACCGAUAGAAAACU